UGUUAUCUUAAACCAGGUUCAUAACUAUAAUGAUGUAUUUUUAUUUUUUAUUAUUUUUUUUUUAAAUUUAUUUCUAAACUUAAGAAUUUGAAAUAUUGUUCGAGAAUCUUCAAAUAUCAUGGAUGUAUUGCUUAAGACUUUCUCUAAAAUGCUCACCGCAGCAUCCCCAAUCCAUCAGGUUAACAGGGUAUGUUAACCCAUGUUAUUAAAUUUAACGUUUAAUCAUUUUAUAAUAAUACAAAUAAUUAUACAAUACAAUAUAAUUAGCAUAGCUAGGUAAAUUAUUGAAUAAUAUUAACUUAGAUAAAUUUAUUAGGUAAUUGAAAAAAUUUAUUGAAUUAACAUAUUAAAAUGUAAUUAACCUAUUAACUUGGGUUAGGAUAAUUUGAUUUGUUUUUUAUACAAUUGGUAUUGUUAGAGUUCUUUUACCUAGAGUUUAUGGUUUUUGAAAAUAAGAUUUUUCAAUGUUAACCUUAUUGACAGGAAAUUAAUUCUGAUAAAAUCAAAUAAUAUUUGUCUCAUAUUGAAACUGAUGUCCACACACAUUAUCGACAACUUAAAGUGAUAUAAUUCAAAUUUAGUUUUUAAAUUAUGUUUAUUUAAAAAAAAAUAAGUUGAUUUAAUUAAAAAUUAUAGGUUAAAAACUAUUAUCAUUACACAUAUUUAAUUUUAAUUCAAUUGCAUACAUUAUUCAAUAUAUAAAUUUAUAUGUAUUAAUUAUUUAUGUAAUAAUAUACAUUAUUUAUAUAUGUUAGGUUAUCCAAAUUUUUGAUUUUUAAUAUUAUGUUUUUAUUUUAUUUUUGCUAGUCAUUAAUCAUACUUAAACGUCGUCAUCCUGUUCAAUUACAAAAAGCUAAUAGCAAAAAUAAACCUAUUCUAAAAGGACGACAUUUCAUAUAUGAUGUUGUUGAAUACUCAGAAUUGAAAAAACAGGAAAAUAUGAAUGUCAUUUUAACUGAAUAUGUGGAAGGUAAUUAUUAGAUACAUUUUCAUAUUUUACUACAAAUGAAAUCUACCAAUAAAAUAAUCUAAUUUGUGUGUAGGUGUAGGACAUAAGGGACAACAGGUAUCUGUUAAGCCAAAUUUUGCAUAUGAACGCCUACUUCUGCCAAAAUUAGCAAUAUAUGCGUCUCCUGAAAAUUUAGAACUUAUGAAGAAUAAUUUAUAUCAAACCAAAGAUGAUGAGAAACCUAGUUCUGUUGAAGCUCUGCUAGUAUAAUAAAACUUUAUAAAUAAUCUUUCUUAUGGGUAAUAAUUAGUAUAAUCAUUUUUACAGACUGUAAAGUAUUUGAAAAAAACGGUUGUAAGUGUAAGCAUGAAUAAAGAUGAACCUUGGACAAUUGAACCAUGGCACAUAAGAGUGUCAUUACGUAAAAUGAGAGUAUAUGUAUUGAGCGAUGAUUCAAUAGAAUUGCCUGAAAAGCCAAUUAGUGGACCGGAUCUUACUUUGGAAGGAAAAUCAUUUAUCAUUUACAUUACUGUAAGUUAUACUUUAUCAACUGUUAUUAAGGCGAUUGAAAACGACGAGUUUCUGUCUUUGCCUUACACACGUAAGAUAUAGGGAUUUAGACUUGUUUUAAUUCCAACGCAUCAAUUGAUCUAGUAAAGUAAUAAGAAUUCUGAAAGCAGAUUUGAAUUUGCCAUAAAGUUUACUUGAGAUCGAUUUUCCCACUUUUUAAAUUUAUCUCCUUAAAUUCUAAAAAAAGUCAUACUAAUAAAAGAGAUUGAAAAAAUGUAAUAUAUAAAUUUUUUAAGAAAUUAAAAUCAAAACGUGUCUAAAUCCCUAUAUCUCAUAUGUGUAAGACAAAGACAGAAACCAGUCGCUUCCAAUCCCCUUAACAUUAUAUGUAAAUAACUACCUAUUUAUUAUUAUUUUUUUUUUUUUUUGGUACUUAGGUAAAUAAAAAAGAAAGAGUAGCUGUGGAAUGUGUUCUUCAUCACUGGAGCACUAAAGUUUCUGAUCGAUUACCUAAUAAAAACUUCUAUUUGAAAGAGCCAAUACCUAUUUUCCCUGAACAAAUUGAACUUUUAAAGACGAUAAGAAAAAACAAUAAAUCAUAAUUUUCUUUAAUUUAUAUUUGUAGAUGUAUCUAAUGUGUUUAAUUUCAGAAAAUAAAUAAUAAUCUUAUUUAAA